CCAUAAUUGAAGACCCACACUCUGUCGGUGACACAUAAUAAUAUCAAAACCCCUCUCUCUCUUCCCACACUGUCACUAACAACUCCUCCAACUCCACCACCACCACUCCCAUUCUUAGCAGAUCUCCCCACGCCCACCACCGUCACUUCCCACCGGAAUGUCACAUUCCGGCCACCAGAUUACCAAGCCAAUUUUAUCCAUUUGUUUUGUCUCAUAUCAACUCCUUUUACCUCUGAAAUUGCUGCUUCUUGAUUAGUAAACCAUAAACUGAAGUGGAGCGGGUGCUAAAAUGAAUGGGAUUCAGGAUAAGAAGGCUCAGAGUAUAGAGAAACAGUUUCCAGGAUGCUUGGGUCGAAUGGUUAACCUUUUCGAUUUGACCAGUGGCGUAAACGGAAACCGGCUGCUCACAGAUAAACCACAUCGUGAUGUUUCAUCACUCUCGAGGAGUCGCUCAGAUGUUGCAAGGAUGAUGAGUUCACCGUUUGGAGAUCAGAUUGAGGAUAAAAUGAUUGUUUCCGAGUUGAAAAGAAGCUCUUCAAAUAAGAAAUCAAAUGGAACACCCAUAAAGACACUCAUAGCACGAGAAAUGUCUAAAGAAGUUGAUAGUAGACACAACCCGCCUAAUGUGGUUGCCAAGUUGAUGGGACUUGAUACCCUCCCACAUCAGCAGUCCAAUUCAGCUGCAGAAAGAAGUCACUCGAGAGGCUAUUCAAGACGUUCUCUAAGUCACUCAGGUAUACUAGUGGAGUGUUGGGAGCAAGAUCAUAGCUUGGAUGAGAAAAUACAGCGUGUAGGUCAUCACCAUGAAGAGAGUAAUGAGUAUAGAGAUGUAUAUGAGAUAUGGCAACAAUCCCAAACUACAGACGUGAGAGAUAGUUCACUGCAUAAGGGAAGGCAUCAUGAGAACGCAAAUGAGAGAAAGAUGACUCUCGUUCGCCAAAAGUUCAUGGAAGCAAAACGAUUGGCUACAGAUGAAAAAGGUCGCCAGUCCAAGGAAUUUCAAGAUGCAUUAGAAGUUUUAAGUUCAAAUAGAGAUAUAUUCCUCAAAUUUCUCCAGGAACCCAAUUCCAUGUUCUCUCCACAUCUGUAUGAUGUGCAGUCUACUCCAUCUCCUGAGACAAAACGCAUCACCGUUCUUAGACCUUCGAAUGUGAUGGAUAUUGAGAAAUUUUCAGGACCAGGGAAAAAAGGUGAUAAACAGUUCAAGAGAGCAGCUCCAACUGGCCAAAGCACUGUUCGGGAGAAAAAUAAUUCUGGAUGUUCUCCAAUUUAUGCGAAUCAAAAAUUUGAAGAAUAUCCUGCUCAACCUACUCGAAUUGUAGUAUUGAAGCCUAGCUCUGGGAAGACGCAUGACGUUAAGACUGUAGUUUCACCACCUUUGUCGCCGCCAAGAACAUUGCAGGGAGAAGAUUUUUACGUACCGGAAGAUGAUGAGGCACAAGAAUCGAGAGAGGUGGCAAAGGGCACCACUCAUCCCAUGGAUGAAACUUCAAUGGGUCAUCGAAGAGAUGAAACUCUCCUUUCUUCUGUUUUUUCCAAUGGCUAUAUUGGUGAUGAUAGUUCCUUUAACAAAUCUGAAAAUGAGUACGCAGUGGGAAAUCUUAGUGAUUCAGAAAUCAUGUCCCCUACUUCAAGACAUUCAUGGGAAUAUCUUAAUAGGUUUGGGAGUCCCUAUUCUUCUUCUUCCUUUAGCCGUGCAUCGUGUUCUCCUGAGUCAUCUGUUUGCAGAGAGGCAAAAAAACGACUUUCUGAAAGAUGGGCCAUGAUGGCAUCAACUGGGAGUUCUCAGGAGCAAAAAAAUGCUCGUAGAAGUUCUAGCACAUUGGGUGAGAUGCUUGCUCUAUCAGAUACAAAGAAAUUGGCAAAAUCUGAAGUAGAUGUUACUAACAAGGAGCAAGAAUCGAGGGAAUCAUCUUCUUGCUUAUCAAAUAAUUUAGACAAAGAAGAAGGCGUGUCUAAUUCUCCUAAAAGUCUUCUCAGGUCUAGAUCUGUUCCUGUAUCUGUUACUGUAUAUGAUACCGGGCUCAGCGUUGAUGUUUCAAAUUCAGAGGUAGGAAAAUCAGAAAUUUCAAAGGAAUUGAGGAAGGCAAAAAGUACAAAAUCAUCUUUCAAAUGGAAAGUUUCUAGUUUAUUUUUCUCAAGUAAUAAGAGAUCAAGUAAAGAAAAAGACUGUGUGUCUCAAUCUAAUGAUGAAUCUCAAUCUGCAACCCCUGAAACACCAGGGUCACCAAUGCCUUCCUCUCCUGGAAAGAUUGGUAAUGACGCGUCUCAAUGUGCUAAUAGUAGUGGUCUUGAUAAUUGUCUGUCCCCUGGUUUACGUGGAUCGUCAAGUAAAACUACUUUUCCAGACUUGAUUGGCACGGCAAGAAAACAAGGGCUUGUUUUCCAAGAGGAUGCCCUAUCAGUAGCAAAGCCUGGGAAUAUGGGAGAGAACCAGGAUCAACCAAGCCCAGUAUCAGUUUUGGAACCCAACUUUGAUGAAGAUGACAACACAGCUGCAGAAUCUUCUGGCAAUUUCAGGCUAAAUUGCCGUGGAGCUGAGGUGCCUCUUAAGUCUAAUUUGAUCGACAAGUCACCACCGAUAGAAUCAAUAGCUAGAACCUUAUCAUGGGAUGAUUCGUAUGCAGAGACAGCUACAUCAUUUUCAUUAAGACCCUCUUCCAUGUCUAUAUGUCCCGAGGAAGAAGAACAAGACUGGCCUUUCUUCAUCCAGACAUUGUUAUCCGCAGCUGGCCUCGACGGAAACACACAAUUAGAUUCAUUUUCUUCGAGAUGGCACUCGCCGGAAAGCCCAAUCGACCCCGCGUUAAGAAACAAAUACGCUAACCUAAACGACAAGGAACUCCUGCAUGAGGCCAGGCGAAGACAAAGACGAUCAAAUAGGAAACUCGUAUUCGACUGCGUUAAUGCAGCACUCGCGGAAAUCACCCGUUGCGGGUUCGAUAGGAGCGCAAUGGUGGUGCCCGGGUUGAUACAAGAAGGAACACCAUCAUCCAUGGUAGUGGAGCAUGUGUGGGGCCAAAUGAAGGAAUGGUUUGGAAAGUUGAGUUAUGAGGAAAGUGGGGACAGGUCCAGCCUGGUGGUGGAGAGGGUGGUUAGGAAGGAAGUGGUGGGGAAAGGGUGGGUUGAGAAUAUGAGAAUGGAAUUAGAUAAAUUGGGAGUUGAAAUAGAAGAAAAAUUGCUGGCAGAGCUUGUGGAGGAUGCUGUAGUAGAUUUGACAAGUUGAGUUUGAUUGUUUUUUCUAUAUUUAUUGUAAACUCUUAUUUGGUGUAUUAAUAUUAACAAUUAUGGUAA